GAUCAGUUGACGUCUUACCACAUGGUGGCAAGACGCUUGGGGCUGAACCUGUUUGUCUGCUUCAGGUGGAGUAUUCACCUGCCUGACAGCUGCUCCUCUCCUCAGUGAACCGGCUGAGCUGUCAGCGCGAACUGAGCUCAACUUCAGACAGCAAAAAACAGCCUGAUGCAUCCUAAGAUUUAGUGUGAGAUCUGCAAAGAACCAUUAACAGCAUGCCAACUCAUCGGAGGGGGCGGAGCCUCUCUGAGGCCUUGACACUGGAGGAAUCGGAGGAGGGGGGGCUGGUCAUUUCCAGCGUUACCAAUCACUCCCAUAACUUGAAGGAAGGGGAUGAAAUUUUGGGAGCAACAAUAAAUUUUGAUCAGCUGUCAAAAGAGGAGGUGAUAAAGGUGCUAAAACUGAUGGAGCCAUAUGACGACAAAGUCCAUGUUCUUACAAGGGGUGGCUUGAGCAAGAGUAUGUUCAAUUUGGAUGACUGCGCAAGAAACCCAGAGGCAAUGCUAAAGGAUUCCUACAGUAAACUCUACAAUGCCAAAAUAAAGAGAUUUGUGAAAUAUGACCCAUCUGCUGCCAACUCAUCAAAGGUCAACCCUAAACAUGACAUGGGGCUGCCUCGCCUUGGAGUUGACUUUGGACAUCUAAAAUCCAAACCCCUCAGUUCAGAUUUUGAUGCAAGCUUGGAAUCUGAGGCCAGAGAUCUGACAGAUGGCAGCAAUCUGAACCUUCCACCUCUUGGAGUUGGUGACAAAGGUCUGAGACUAAAUCUUAAUGCAAGAAAUCCUCAGUCCCGUCUUGGAGACAUUAGUUUCUCUCAGAAAUCACCAGAUGGUAUAAAUGGCAAGAUUAAUGGCCCUGAUGCAGAGGUUACGACACCACAUGAAAGCUUAACCAUUCCCUCAGGGAAAUUAAGUCUGAAACAUUCCAAAAGACUUAAAACUCCAGAUCUGAAUUUAGAUGACCCUUCAAGUUUUGUGAAAUCACCAGAACUAAGGCUGUCUGGAAAACAAAUGGACCUUGGAAAUAUGGAUGCCAAUGCUUUAUCUGGAUCAGUCACAUUGCCUGGUGGAAAUUCAACAGAUUUGGCCACUGAUACUUUCUUGAUUAGUAACAAAGGUCCGUCUGGAAAUUACAAGCCUCCUAAAUUUACAAUGCCCAAAUUUGAUUUGCCAGAUAUUCAAGUCCCAGGUUUGAAUGGAAAUGUGGAGCUUCCUGAAGGUGACCUAAAAGCCCCUGAUUUAGAUGUCUCUGCUCCUAAUCUCAGAGCUGGGAUGAAUAUGCCUAGCAUCAAUAUGCCGAAGGCAGACUUUAAAACCCCCAAACUGGACCUUAGUGGCCCCAAAGCCAACUUAGACAUGCCUUCAGGCAAACUGAAAAUGCCUGAAAUUCAAGGUCCAGACUGGGAUAUAAAUGCUCCUUCAGGAAAACUUAAAAUGCCGAAGAUGGACAUUUCAGGUACUUUACCUAAAGGACCAAAUUUAGACCUCAAUGCAGAUCUCAAGUCACCAGAUUGGAGUCUAAAAUCUCCAAAGAUCAAAGGCGGCAUGCAUGCUCCUGAUCUGCCAGAUCUGCCAGACAUGAACCUUAAGGGUCCUAAAUUAGAUGUUGAUACACCAGAUGUUAACAUUGGAUCACCCAAAGGAAAAUUCAAAAUGCCUAAAAUAAAAAUGCCAAAAUUUAGUCGCCCAGGUAUGAAAGGACCUGAACUUGACGGUAACCUGGAUGCUCCAAAUAUAGAUGUAAAUGCACCUGAUCUAAAUUUCAAGGGGCCUAAAACCGAUCUAGAUUUGAAAAUGCCAGAUCUGUCUGGUAAAUUUAAAAAGCCAAACCUGAACAUGCCUGAUCUGAAUCUUUCGGGUCCAAAGAUAGAUAAGCCUAAAUUGGACCUAAGAGCACCUGAUCUAGAUGUCUCUGGUCCUAAUCUCAGAGGUGGAAUGAAUAUGCCUGACAUUAAUAUCCCCAAGGCAGAUUUUAAAACCCCCAAAUUAGACCUCAGUGGCCCCAAGGCCAACUUAGACAUGCCUUCUGGCAAACUGAACAUGCCUGAAAUUCAAGGUCCAGACUGGGAUAUAAAUGCUCCAUCAGGAAAAUUCAAGAUGCCAAAAAUGAACCUUUCAGGUACAUUACCUAAAGGACCAAAUUUAGAUCUCAAUGCAGAUCUCAAGUCACCUGAUUGGAGUUUAAAAUCUCCAAAGAUCAAAGGUGGCAUUAAUGCUCCUGAUCUGGACUUGUCAGACAUGAACCUUAAGGGUCCUAAGUUAGAUGUUGAAACACCAGAUGUUAAAAUUGGAUCACCCAAAGGAAAGUUUAAAAUGCCAAAAUUCAAAAUGCCUGAUUUUAGCCUUUCAGGCAUCAAAGGACCUGAACUUGAUGGUAACCUGAAUGGUCCAGAUAUAGAUGUAAAUGCACCUGAUCUAAACUUGAAAGGGCCUAAAACUGAUCUAGAUUUUAAAAAGCCAGAUUGGUCUGGAAAGUUUAAAAAGCCGAACCUGAACAUGCCUGAUCUGAAUCUUUCAGGUCCAAAGAUAGAUAGUCCUAACUUGGACCUAAGAGCACCUGAUCUAGAUAUCUCUGGUCCUAAUCUCAGAGGGGGAAUGGAUAUGCCUGACAUUAAUAUGCCCAAGGCAGACUUUAAAAAACCCAAACUAGACCUCAGUGGCCCAGAGGGCAGUUUGGACAUGCCCUCUGGCAAAUUGAAAAUGCCUGAAAUUCAAGGUCCAGACUGGGAUGUCAAUGCACCAUCAGGAAAACUCAAGAUGCCAAAAAUAGACCUUUCUGGUAAGUUACCAAAAGGACCAAAUUUAGACCUCAAUGCAGAUCUCAAGUCACCAGAUUGGAGUUUAAAAGCUCCAAAGAUCAAGGGUGGGAUGGAUGCUCCUGAUAUAGAUUUGCCAGACAUGAACCUUAAGGGUCCUAAAUUAGAUGUUGAUACACCAGAUGUUAACAUUGGAUCACCCAAAGGAAAAUUCAAAAUGCCUAAAAUAAAAAUGCCAAAAUUUAGUCGCCCAGGUAUGAAAGGACCUGAACUUGACGGUAACCUGGAUGCUCCAAAUAUAGAUGUAAAUGCACCUGAUCUAAAUUUCAAGGGGCCUAAAACCGAUCUAGAUUUGAAAAUGCCAGAUCUGUCUGGUAAAUUUAAAAAGCCAAACCUGAACAUGCCUGAUCUGAAUCUUUCGGGUCCAAAGAUAGAUAAGCCUAAAUUGGACCUAAGAGCACCUGAUCUAGAUGUCUCUGGUCCUAAUCUCAGAGGUGGAAUGAAUAUGCCUGACAUUAAUAUCCCCAAGGCAGAUUUUAAAACCCCCAAAUUAGACCUCAGUGGCCCCAAAGCCAACUUAGACAUGCCUUCAGGCAAACUGAAAAUGCCUGAAAUUCAAGGUCCAGACUGGGAUAUAAAUGCUCCUUCAGGAAAAUUCAAAAUGCCGAAGAUGGACAUUUCAGGUACUUUACCUAAAGGACCAAAUUUAGACCUCAAUGCAGAUCUCAAGUCACCAGAUUGGAGUCUAAAAUCUCCAAAGAUCAAAGGCGGCAUGCAUGCUCCUGAUCUGCCAGAUCUGCCAGACAUGAACCUUAAGGGUCCUAAAUUAGAUGUUGAUACACCAGAUGUUAACAUUGGAUCACCCAAAGGAAAAUUCAAAAUGCCUAAAAUAAAAAUGCCAAAAUUUAGUCGCCCAGGUAUGAAAGGACCUGAACUUGACGGUAACCUGGAUGCUCCAAAUAUAGAUGUAAAUGCACCUGAUCUAAAUUUCAAGGGGCCUAAAACCGAUCUAGAUUUGAAAAUGCCAGAUCUGUCUGGUAAAUUUAAAAAGCCAAACCUGAACAUGCCUGAUCUGAAUCUUUCGGGUCCAAAGAUAGAUAAGCCUAAAUUGGACCUAAGAGCACCUGAUCUAGAUGUCUCUGGUCCUAAUCUCAGAGGUGGAAUGAAUAUGCCUGACAUUAAUAUCCCCAAGGCAGAUUUUAAAACCCCCAAAUUAGACCUCAGUGGCCCCAAGGCCAACUUAGACAUGCCUUCUGGCAAACUGAACAUGCCUGAAAUUCAAGGUCCAGACUGGGAUAUAAAUGCUCCAUCAGGAAAAUUCAAGAUGCCAAAAAUGAACCUUUCAGGUACAUUACCUAAAGGACCAAAUUUAGAUCUCAAUGCAGAUCUCAAGUCACCUGAUUGGAGUUUAAAAUCUCCAAAGAUCAAAGGUGGCAUUAAUGCUCCUGAUCUGGACUUGUCAGACAUGAACCUUAAGGGUCCUAAGUUAGAUGUUGAAACACCAGAUGUUAAAAUUGGAUCACCCAAAGGAAAGUUUAAAAUGCCAAAAUUCAAAAUGCCUGAUUUUAGCCUUUCAGGCAUCAAAGGACCUGAACUUGAUGGUAACCUGAAUGGUCCAGAUAUAGAUGUAAAUGCACCUGAUCUAAACUUGAAAGGGCCUAAAACUGAUCUAGAUUUUAAAAAGCCAGAUUGGUCUGGAAAGUUUAAAAAGCCGAACCUGAACAUGCCUGAUCUGAAUCUUUCAGGUCCAAAGAUAGAUAGUCCUAACUUGGACCUAAGAGCACCUGAUCUAGAUAUCUCUGGUCCUAAUCUCAGAGGGGGAAUGGAUAUGCCUGACAUUAAUAUGCCCAAGGCAGACUUUAAAAAACCCAAACUAGACCUCAGUGGCCCAGAGGGCAGUUUGGACAUGCCCUCUGGCAAAUUGAAAAUGCCUGAAAUUCAAGGUCCAGACUGGGAUGUCAAUGCACCAUCAGGAAAACUCAAGAUGCCAAAAAUAGACCUUUCUGGUAAGUUACCAAAAGGACCAAAUUUAGACCUCAAUGCAGAUCUCAAGUCACCAGAUUGGAGUUUAAAAGCUCCAAAGAUCAAGGGUGGGAUGGAUGCUCCUGAUAUAGAUUUGCCAGACAUGAACCUUAAGGGUCCUAAAUUAGAUGUUGAUACACCAGAUGUUAACAUUGGAUCACCCAAAGGAAAAUUCAAAAUGCCUAAAAUAAAAAUGCCAAAAUUUAGUCGCCCAGGUAUGAAAGGACCUGAACUUGACGGUAACCUGGAUGCUCCAAAUAUAGAUGUAAAUGCACCUGAUCUAAAUUUCAAGGGGCCUAAAACCGAUCUAGAUUUGAAAAUGCCAGAUCUGUCUGGUAAAUUUAAAAAGCCAAACCUGAACAUGCCUGAUCUGAAUCUUUCGGGUCCAAAGAUAGAUAAGCCUAAAUUGGACCUAAGAGCACCUGAUCUAGAUGUCUCUGGUCCUAAUCUCAGAGGUGGAAUGAAUAUGCCUGACAUUAAUAUCCCCAAGGCAGAUUUUAAAACCCCCAAAUUAGACCUCAGUGGCCCCAAGGCCAACUUAGACAUGCCUUCUGGCAAACUGAACAUGCCUGAAAUUCAAGGUCCAGACUGGGAUAUAAAUGCUCCAUCAGGAAAAUUCAAGAUGCCAAAAAUGAACCUUUCAGGUACAUUACCUAAAGGACCAAAUUUAGAUCUCAAUGCAGAUCUCAAGUCACCUGAUUGGAGUUUAAAAUCUCCAAAGAUCAAAGGUGGCAUUAAUGCUCCUGAUCUGGACUUGUCAGACAUGAACCUUAAGGGUCCUAAGUUAGAUGUUGAAACACCAGAUGUUAAAAUUGGAUCACCCAAAGGAAAGUUUAAAAUGCCAAAAUUCAAAAUGCCUGAUUUUAGCCUUUCAGGCAUCAAAGGACCUGAACUUGAUGGUAACCUGAAUGGUCCAGAUAUAGAUGUAAAUGCACCUGAUCUAAACUUGAAAGGGCCUAAAACUGAUCUAGAUUUUAAAAAGCCAGAUUGGUCUGGAAAGUUUAAAAAGCCGAACCUGAACAUGCCUGAUCUGAAUCUUUCAGGUCCAAAGAUAGAUAGUCCUAACUUGGACCUAAGAGCACCUGAUCUAGAUAUCUCUGGUCCUAAUCUCAGAGGGGGAAUGGAUAUGCCUGACAUUAAUAUGCCCAAGGCAGACUUUAAAAAACCCAAACUAGACCUCAGUGGCCCAGAGGGCAGUUUGGACAUGCCCUCUGGCAAAUUGAAAAUGCCUGAAAUUCAAGGUCCAGACUGGGAUGUCAAUGCACCAUCAGGAAAACUCAAGAUGCCAAAAAUAGACCUUUCUGGUAAGUUACCAAAAGGACCAAAUUUAGACCUCAAUGCAGAUCUCAAGUCACCAGAUUGGAGUUUAAAAGCUCCAAAGAUCAAGGGUGGGAUGGAUGCUCCUGAUAUAGAUUUGCCAGACAUGAAACUUAAGGGUCCUAAGUUAGAUGUUGAUACACCAGAUGUUAACAUUGGAUCACCCAAAGGAAAGUUUAAAAUGCCCAAAUUCAAAAUGCCAAAAUUUAGCCUCCCAGGUAUGAAAGGACCUGAACUUGACGGUAACCUGGAUGCUCCAAAUAUAGAUGUAAAUGCACCUGGUCUAAACUUGAAAGGGCCUAAAACUGAUCUAGAUUUUGAAAAGCCAGAUUGGUCUGGUAAAUUCAAAAAGCCAAACUUCAAUCUACCUGACUUGAAUCUUUCAGGUCCAAAGAUUGAUAGUCCUAACUUGGACCUAAGAGCACCUGAUCUAGAUGUCUCUGGUCCUAAUCUCAGGGGUGAAAUGAAUAUGCCUGACAUUAAUAUGCCCAAGGCACAUUUUAAUUCCCCUGGACUAGACCUCAGUGGCCCAAAGGCCAACUUAGACAUGCCUUCUGGCAAACUGAAAAUGCCUGAAAUACAAGGCCCAGACUGGGAUAUAAAUGCUCCUUCAGGAAAUCUGAAGAUGCCAAAAAUGAACCUUUCGGGUACAUUGCCAAAAGGACCAAAUUUAGACCUCAAGUCACCAGAUUGGAGUCUGAAAGCUCCAAAGAUCAAAGGCGGCAUGAACGCUCCUGAUCUGGACUUGCCAGACAUGAAACUUAAGAGUCCUAAAUUAGAUGUUGAUACACCAGAUGUUAACAUUGGAUCACCCAAAGGAAAAUUCAAAAUGCCUAAAAUAAAAAUGCCAAAAUUUAAUCUCCCAGGUAUGAAAGGACCUGAACUUCACGGUGACCUGGAUGCUCCAGAUAUAGAUGUAAAUGCACCUAAUCUAAACUUCAAAGGGCUUAAAACUGAUCUAGAUUUUAAAAAGCCAGAUUGGUCUGGAAAGUUUAAAAAGCCGAACCUGAACAUGCCUGAUCUGAAUCUUUCAGGUCCAAAGAUAGAUAGUCCUAACUUGGACCUAGGAGCACCUGAUCUAGAUGUCUCUGGCCCUAAUCUCAGGGGUGGAAUAGAUAUGCCUGACAUUAAUAUGCCCAAGGCAAACUUUAAAACACCCAAACUAGACCUCAGUGGCCCAGAGGGCAGUUUGGACAUGCCUUCUGGCAAACUGAAAAUGCCUGAAAUUCAAGGUCCAGACUGGGAUGUCAAUGCACCAUCAGGAAAACUCAAGAUGCCAAAAAUGAACCUUUCGGGUACAUUACCUAAAGGACCAAAUUUAGAUCUCAAUGCAGAUCUCAAGUCACCUGAUUGGAGUUUAAAAGCUCCGAAGAUCAAGGGUGGGAUGGAUGCUCCUGAUAUAGAUUUGCCAGACAUGAACCUGAAGGGUCCUAAGUUAGAUGUUGAUACACCAGAUGUUAACAUUGGAUCACCCAAAGGAAAAUUCAAAAUGCCUAAAUUAAAAAUGCCAAAAUUUAGUCUUCCGAGUAUGAAAGGACCUGAAAUUGAUGGUAACCUCGAUGUUCCAGAUAUAGAUGUAAAUGCACCUGAUCUACACCUGAAAGGUCCUAAAACCGAUCUAGAUUUUAAAAUGCCAGAUCUGUCUGGAAAAUGUAAAAAGCCGAACCUGAACAUGCCUGAUUUGAAUCUUUCAGGUCCAAAGAUAGAUAGUCCUAACUUGGACCUAGGAGCACCUGAUCUAGAUGUCUCUGGCCCUAAUCUCAGGGGUGGAAUAGAUAUGCCUGACAUUAAUAUGCCCAAGGCAGAUUUUAAAACCCCCAAACUAGACCUCAGUGGCCCCAAGGCCAACUUAGACAUGCCUUCUAGCAAACUGAAAAUGCCUGAAAUUCAAGGUCCAGACUGGAAUGUCAAUGCUCCAUCAGGAAAACUCAAGAUGCCAAAAAUGAACCUUUCGGGUACAUUACCUAAAGGACAUAACUUAGACCUCAAUGCAGAUCUUAAGUCACCAGAUUGGAGUCUGAAAGCUCCAAAGAUCAAAGGUGGCAUGAAUGCUCCUGAUCUGGACUUGCCAGACAUGAAACUUAAGAGUCCUAAGCUAGAUGUUAAUACACCAGAUGUUAACAUUGGAUCACCCAAAGGAAAAUUAAAAAUGCCUAAAUUAAAAAUGCCAAAAUUUAGUCUUCCAGGUAUGAAAGGACCUGAACUUGAUGGUAACAUGAAUGGUCCAGAUAUAGAUGUAAAUGCACCUGAUCUAAACUUGAAAGGGCCUAAAACUUAUCUAGAUUUUGAAAAACCAGGUUGGUCUGGGAAAUUCAAAAAGCCACACCUAAAUCUACCUGACUUAAAUCUUUCAGGUCCAAAGAUUGAUAGUCCUAACUUGGACCUAAGAGCACCUGAUCUAGAUGUCUCUGGUCCUAAUCUCAGAGGUGGAAUGAAUAUGCCUGACAUUAAUAUGCCCAAGGCAGACUUUAAAACACCCAAAUUAGACCUCAGUGGCCCAGAGGCCAAUUUGGACAUGCCCUCUGGCAAACUGAAAAUGCCUGAAAUUCAAGGUCCAAACUGGGAUGUCAAUGCUCCAUCAGGAAAACUCAAGAUGCCAAAAAUGAACCUUUCAGGUACAUUACCUAAAGGAUCAAACUUAGACCUCAAUAGAGAUCUCAAGUCCCCAGAUUUUGGUCUCAAAGCUCCGAAGGUCAAGGGUGGCAUGAAUGGCUUUGAAGGUCCUGAUGUAGAUUUUGGGAGCCCUUCAAGGAAAGGUAAAAGGCAUAAAUUGAAAAUGCCAGAUGUUGGAUUUUCAGCUCCGAAGAUAGAUAGCUAUGAUCUUAAUGCUCAAAAGAUAAAAGGUGGAUUUGAAUCUAACUUAAGUUUAUCAAGCAAUGACUUUAAAAGCUCCAAACCUGACUUUGAUGUUCCAGAUGUUGAUUUUGGUACUUCACCGUUUAAACUGCCAAACUUAAAAGUUCCCAAUGUGGGAUUUUCUAGUCCAAAGCUAGAUAGCCCAGAUCUUGAUUUCAAAACACCAAAACUGAGUCCAAAAUUACCAAAGGGGCAUAAUCUUACAUUAAAUUCUGACUUUAAUUCUGCAGAAUUGAAUCUCAAAGCUCCAAACAUGAAAGGUGAACUUGGUUCUCUUAAGCUCAGUGAUCCAAACAUCAACCUCCAAGGUUCCAAAUUUGACAUGGACACUCCAGAUGGCAAUAUCGGCUUACCUGGUGCCAAUUUUAAGAAGUCACAAAAAAAGAUGCCAAAUGUCUUUAAUGCUGAUAUUCCAAAUGAGUUGCAAGGGCCUGGGCUGAUUAUGCCUAUUGCUUAUAAUAAUGUUCCAAAAGGAUCACCAAAGCUGAGAGGUCCCGAUUUAAGCUUGCCAGCUUUAGAUCUCGCUGAUGUCAGGCUAAAUGGUUCAAGGCCCAGUGCAAAACAUCCUAAUGUGAGAAUGAAUAACAUGAUUGGACAACCUGAAAUGAAGUUAUCUGGCCCCAGAGGACAAGGACGUUUCAGUGGUGCCCAGAUGGGUAUGAAUACUUCUAUGAUAGACAUACGUGAUCCUCAUCUAAGAUAUCCAGACCUUAACAUUGAUGAUGCUUCCAUAAAUUUCAAGGGAGCCUCCUAUAAGAAUCGCAGAUCAAAUAUGGCUGGCAUGAGUAUAAAAAGACCUGAUUUGGACAUAGAUCAAGACAUAAGGUUUACUCAUCCAAACAGGAAAUCUUCUAGAACUAAUGUAAGGUCCAGCAACCCUGCCACGAAUAAUGCUUUACACCAAUAUAUUGAUUUUAAUCAUCCAGAUCUCAAUAUCGAUGAUUUCACAGGGAAAUACCACGUGCCUAGAGCUAGGGGUUCACAAUUGGAUCUCCGUGCACCAUCUAGCUAUGAACAAGGCAUCCCUUCCUCUUAUGUUGAGUCCAGAAACAGCAGGGGGUUACCAGCAGGUACCAGAAAUCACAAUUUGCAUGGUUUUUCUCACAGUUCCCAAUUAAGAGGACCUGAGGCUUCCGAUGGAUACUACGUUACCAUUUUCCCCAAACAAGCACAAUCUCAAAGAGUCCCAAAUACUAAAUCCAACUCUAUGGGUAGACUUUCCUUUCCUACAGGGAAAAUGGACCUUGAUGUUCCAGAUGAAAACUACCUAAAGGGCUCAACAUUCUUUUUCUCCAACCUUGUAUAGUCAUCUUAGCACUUAUAUUGUCUACUUUUCUAAAGUAUUUCUGACAUAUUCUCUUUAUUUAUUAUGACUAUUCUUUUCCAUGUGUGUAUUGUGAGUGUUUUAUGAUCACUUUGCAGUUUUUUUUUUGCACUUGUUUUAUACUGCCAAUGUACAAUACAUUUUUUUUACAUAAACCAGUUAUGUUUUACAUUUUAAUACAAUCUUAAACAAUGCUUUUGAAAAUAAUUUCAUUAUUGUACUUUUAUUUUUUGUAAUUUUAUUUUGAUUUUGAGACUCCUGACAAAAUAAGUGCAAUAUAACCAGUUUUAUUUAAAAAAGUAUAUUGCUGUCUUGUAUUGGCUGUUCAACUCAAUCACUGAAGAAACCUUUGCUAAAUUAUUUACAUAAGCAUGUUCUGAGAAAAUAAUAAUGAAGUAGCUAAAUAUUUUUGCAGUUUUUGCUUGAUAACAGAAAACUGUGGUUCUUUGAUUACUAUAAUGUACAGUUUUUGUAUGAAGUGUUGUUGAUGACAGAAUUCUUCUAUGUAGCUCCUGUAAUGUUUUUACAAGUCAGUGGUUCCUUUUAAACAUGUGCACAUAUAUUACAGUUGAAUAAAAAAUUUAAAACAGUUAAUAAAAACCA